CACCCACUGCCCCACCCGCCCUCCGAACGUCCCAUCUUUGCCACUCCGUGGGCCAUGGAGAACGAGCUUCCAACGCCACCGACAUCUAGCAGUUCCAACGUUGCCAGUGGAGCCGGCGGUGCCAGCGGUGCCAGUGGUGCCAGCAGCAGUGGGGGUGGCCGUCCAGCUGGCCCACAGAUCUCUGUCUAUAGCAGCAUCCCUGACAGGCAGACAGUCCAGGUGAUCCAGCAGGCCCUGCACCGCCAGCCCAGCACAGCGGCUCAGUACCUGCAGCAGAUGUAUGCGGCGCAGCAGCAGCAUCUCAUGCUGCACACAGCAGCACUCCAGCAGCAGCAGCACUUGAGCAGCGCCCAGCUCCAGAGCCUGGCGGCGGUGCAGCAGGCGAGUCUGGUGGCCAACAGACAGGCUGGUCCCUCGGGUAACACUGGCUCCACGCAGUCCCCAGCUCAGCAAUCCUCAAUAAACCUGGCAACUUCACCUGCUGCAGCCCAGCUCAUCAACCGGGCUCAGAGUGUCAGUUCAGCUGCGGCCGCCGCUUCAGGCAUCAGCCAGCCAGCUGUCCUCCUGGGUAAUGCCUCUUCCUCCCCUGCCCUGACAGCCAGCCAGGCCCAGAUGUAUCUGCGGGCCCAGAUGCUCAUCUUUACGCCCACGGCCACCGUCGCCACCAUGCCGCCUGAGCUCUGCACUGGCUCCCCUGCCCAGCCCCCCACCCCCACCCAGGUCCAGAACGUGGCCCUCCGGACGCAGCAGACGGCAGCGGCGGCAGCGGCGGCCUCCUCGGGCCCUCCGCCCCCCCAGCCCACAUUGCCCAGCCUGACCCUGAAACCCCCUCCCGGCAGCAGCCAGCCUCUACCCACCCCCUCCCCGGGCAGGAGCGCGGCCCCGGGACCCCCUGCCAAGCCAGGCAUAGCUGACAGUGCAGCCGAGCAGCUCAAGAAGGGGGACGGCGGCGGCGGGGGUGUGCCGGGGGCCACAGAGGGCCGGGGCCUCGCCCGGACGGGUCCCGCUGCGGCCACACACCCCCUCAUCGCACCGGCCUACGCUCAGCUCCUCCCGCAACCUCCACCGAAGCCCCUGCAGCCCCCGUUUGUGAUCCAGCAGCAGCAGCAACAGCAACAUCAACCACCACCACAACAGCAGCAGCAACAGCCACAGCAGCCCCCUCCCCGGCCCCAGUUCCAGCCUCAGCCCCAGGCCCAGGCCCAGCUUCAGCUUACCCCAACUCCGGCCCGAACCAACCUAGCCCUUCAAUCCAGUCCUCCGGCUAAUGCCGCUCCACCGGCCCUUCCGCUCCAGUGCCCAGCUGCCGGUCAGCACAAAUCUAGCAGCAUGCCGCAGGGUGAACCCCUCACGGCGGAGGCCGGGCCUCAAAAUGGACACCCCGAAGGCCCGUCCCCUGGCCCGCAGCGCAGGUUUCAGCAUAGCUCAGCUGUCAUCCUGCAGUUGCAACCCACGUCGCCUAGGCCCCAGCUGUGUGCCCCAGAUGCCCAGAAGGAGGCUGUGCCAAGGGAGAAGAGCAUGCCUGAAACCCUGACCACUCCUUCACCCCUGCAGCCAGCCACCCCAUCUCCCACACCCACCAGUCCAUCUCAGGCCCGGAACUCCGACUGCAAGCGGCCCCAGGCUCACGAGCCAGGGCAGGGCGUUGUUCGUGAGCAGCACGACCUCCGCAGCCCCGGCAUGACCUCAGGGAACGGGAGCUCUGCCUCUAGCGUUGCUGGCACCGCCCCCCAGAAUGGUGAGACUAAGCCGCCCCACGCCAUUGUCAGACCCCAAAUCCUGACGCACGUUAUCGAGGGCUUUGUGAUCCAGGAGGGUGCGGAGCCUUUCCCGGUGGGCCGCUCCUCCCUGCUGGUGGGCAAUCUCAGGAAGCAGUAUGCCCAGGGGCUCCCGGCGGAGAAACUCCCCCAGCAGGACAACACUACCACCACUGACUCCGACAUGGAAGAACCCUAUCUGCAAGACAAGGGGGUCUGUGUGCUUGUUUCAGAAUCCAAAGAGGAAGGGGCUCCCCUGAAGCUCAAGUGUGAGCUAUGUGGCCGGGUAGACUUUGCCUAUAAGUUCAAGCGAUCCAAGCGCUUCUGCUCCAUGGCUUGUGCCAAGAGGUACAAUGUAGGCUGCACCAAACGGGUGGGGCUCUUUCACUCGGACCGGAGCAAGCUACAGAAGCCGGGGGGGCCGCCCCACAACCGCCGGCGGACCAGCAAGGGGGGCCUGCAGACCCUCACCAAGGAGGCCAAGAAGCAGCCCCCUGGGGCCGUGCCCCUUUCGGUGACGGCAGCCUUGCAGCUCACCCACAGCCAGGAGGACUCGAGCCGCUGCUCAGACAACUCCAGCUACGAGGAGCCACUGUCUCCCAUCUCUGCCAGCUCCUCUACCUCCCGCCGCCGCCAGGCCCAGAGGGACCUGGAGCUCCCAGACAUGCACAUGCGGGACCUGGUGGGUGUCGGGCACCACUUCCUGCCCAGCGAGCCCACCAAGUGGAACGUGGAGGACGUGUACGAGUUCAUCCGCUCCCUGCCGGGCUGCCAGGAGAUCGCGGAGGAGUUCCGAGCCCAGGAGAUUGAUGGGCAGGCACUGUUGCUGCUCAAGGAGGACCAUUUGAUGAGCGCCAUGAACAUCAAACUGGGCCCUGCCCUCAAGAUCUACGCCCGCAUCAGCAUGCUGAAGGACUCCUAGGCCCCAUCCCUCCCUGUGCUCCCGCCCCACCUCUGAGUGAGGAGAGAAGAGAGCCGAAGCGGGAGGACCAGAGCCAUACUCUCCUGAGGGGAGCUAGGGCCAGAGCAUUGCCAGCAGGCUCCCCGUCCUUUCUUUCCCUUUCUCUCUGUCUCACUCAUACACACACACACACUCUCACACACCCCUCCCGCCCCCCCAAGGGCCUUCCCUUCUGCCAUGGAAGAGAAGGCUGAGGGUGCAGAAGCUGGGUGCUCUGUGGUUGUAAAUAUUUGUAGCCUCAGCUUCUUCCCCCUGCUCCAGGGGCGAUGAUAACCUCAACGUUCCCGAGCCUGAGUGAGCAGGGCCCUGAAGCCAGGUCAGGUGGUCUCUCACAUGCCCUGCCUCCCCUGCCCUCCCCCUCUUCCGCCCUUCCUCCCCAGGCUUGGUAGCUCUUCUUCUACUACUUCCCUCUCCCUUGGGCCUAUCGUCACCAUAGCAACUGGGGUCCUCCCCUCUGCUCCCCAAGUUGGUCGAGAGAAAGGAGCUGGGCUAACCUGCCGUGCCCACCAGCAGGGCCGCCUUAAUGCUGUGUGUGGGGGGAUGUGUGUGUGAGAGAGAGAGAGACAUUCACACAUGGACUGUGGAGUGUGCAGGUUACGUGUGGGCCAAGCUGAGCUGUUGGUGGGAAAUGGGCAGGAGCUGCAGCCCCAGCCCAAGGAGGAGGAUGUUUGGAUUUCUUUUCCUGGGCUUGUCAAACUCGCUGAGCCCUUGGAAACCAGCACCUCACACUGUGAAUUGCCUCGUAUGCCAUGCAUUCCCACAAACAGCAUUAAGGAGUCACAACAGAAGCAGUCUUGGAGGAGGGGAAGAAUCGAGGCCCAAGUCCCCAGUCUCUCCUUCCCUCCGGCACAGUCUGGCCAGAGCCCCUAUCCCAACUGGCCCAGAAAGGGCAGCCCCAGGUAACGUCCUGCCCUGCUCUUACCUGCCCUCCCCUUCCUUCCCCUGCCCUAUCCCAGACUUUUUGCGACAGGUAGUGAUGCUCAGUGAGGCAGGAAGAGGGCUAGCCUUUGCCUUGCCCUGUUGGAAGCUGCUGGGAGGAUGGCCCUCUGGACUAGCAGGCCAAGAUGGGGCUUUCCUCAAGGGGGCUGGGCCUCAAGCAGGGUAGGAAAUGAAGGACUUUUUAAACCUUUUGUGGUUUUUUUAAAAUAAAUUUGUAAAAGCUGC